GCCCCUGUCAGCUGCGGUGAUGGCGGCGGCGGGGCUGUCGCUGCGCGGGGCCGUGGCCUCCGGGACGGCAGCGGCGGUGCGUGGGCGCGGCGGGCUUUGGAGCCGCCUGCACCCGCUGCAGGCAGUGCCGCGGCGCACCGCCGCGCACUUCUCCUUCCAACCGGACCCGGCGCCCACCGCCUACGGGCAAACUCAGAAGAUGAAUCUCUUCCAAUCCAUAACAAGUGCCUUGGACAACGCUUUAGCUAAAGAUCCAACUGCAGUAAUAUUUGGUGAAGAUGUGGCCUUUGGUGGAGUCUUCAGGUGUACAGUUGGCUUGCGUGACAAAUAUGGUAAAGAUAGAGUUUUCAACACUCCUUUGUGUGAACAAGGAAUUGUUGGCUUUGGUAUUGGAGUUGCUGUUGCAGGUGCUACAGCCAUUGCAGAAAUUCAGUUUGCAGAUUACAUUUUUCCAGCAUUUGAUCAGAUUGUUAAUGAAGCAGCAAAAUAUCGUUACCGCUCUGGAGAUCUGUUUAAUUGUGGAAACCUCACCAUCAGAGCCCCCUGGGGUUGUGUGGGUCAUGGUGCACUAUAUCACUCACAAAGUCCAGAAGCCUUUUUUGCUCACUGUCCAGGAAUAAAGGUUGUUAUUCCAAGGAGUCCUCUUCAGGCCAAAGGACUGCUGCUGUCAUGCAUAGAGGACAAAAAUCCAUGCAUAUUCUUUGAACCUAAAAUACUUUACAGAGCUGCAGUGGAACAAGUUCCUGUGGAGCCUUACAACAUUCCACUAUCUCAAGCUGAGGUGCUGCAGAAGGGCAGUGAUCUGACACUGGUUGCUUGGGGCACUCAGGUUCAUGUGAUCAAAGAGGUGGCAGCAAUGGCUCAAGAAAACCUUGGUGUGUCCUGUGAAGUUAUUGAUCUGAGAACCAUCCUACCAUGGGAUGCAGAGACUAUUUGCAAAUCGGUGGUGAAGACUGGACGAUUGUUAAUUAGCCAUGAGGCUCCCUUGACAGGAGGAUUUGCAUCUGAAAUCAGUUCCACAGUUCAGGAGGAGUGCUUUUUGAAUUUAGAAGCUCCAAUUUCAAGAGUAUGUGGCUAUGACACUCCUUUCCCUCACAUCUUUGAGCCUUUCUACAUCCCAGACAAAUGGAAAUGCUAUGACGCUGUUCGAAAAAUGAUUAACUACUGAGCAAUAAUACAGGGAUGAGAAGAACAACAGGGAAGUACAGAAGCUGCCUUCAAAACUCUUGACACUUUACUCAGAUCUUUUGGGUUUGGAAUUCACACAGCAGACUGUUUUCUCUGAACUCAACUAUCCUUAGUAUUCAUCUUGACUAUUCUUCAGAAAGUUCAAAGCUUCCUCAAUUAUGAAAUCAAUGAUGGGCAGAUGAUUGCUAUAAUAAGUAGUUUCAAUUAUUUAAAGAUAUCCCAGAUGUUUUAUGAAUGUUACACAUCAACAUGCUUUGCUAAGUUACAUCUCUAAACUUCACUGUGUAAAUACCAAG